AUGCUGCCUGCGUUGCGCCCGCCGCCGUCGGCCUCCGCCGUGCCUUACACCUACUGCAGCCCUCCCCGCGCCGUGCCCGCCCGCCCCAAGUACCGAGCACCGCUGGAGGCCGACGAGCCGGUGAAGGAGCCCGCUCGCUGGGCCAACCUGAUGUACGACAGGAGAGUGGUGCGCGGCAACACGUACGCCCGUCAGGCAGUGCCGAUGUGUAUCCAUCAUCCCAAUGCAUUUGAGAUUCAAAGGCAGAGAGAAGCACGGAGGAGAGCAUUGGCUAGAAAGAGAGCAGAAGAGCAAAUACAGCUAAGAACACCUGAGCCUGUGGAAGGCAGAGAGCACGUUCAUGUGCAGACAGAGCUGUAUUUGGAAGAGAUAAGUGACCGGAUAAUAGAGGUUGAUGUGGAAUGUCAAACAGAUGCAUUUUUGGAUAGACCUCCCACUCCUUUCUUCGUGCCAGCCAAAACAGGGAAAGAUGUGGCCACACAAAUAGAAGAAGGAGAGCUCUUUGACUUUGACAUUGAAGUCAAGCCAAUCCUGGAAGUGCUGAUUGGGAAAACCAUUGAGCAAGCUUUGCUGGAAGUCAUGGAAGAAGAAGAGCUGGCCAAGCUGUGGGCACAUCAGCGUGCCUAUGCAGAACUGCGCAAUGCAGAGCUGGCUGAGGUCCAGCGCCUGGAAGAGCAAGACAGGCGAUACAGAGAAGAGAAGGAACGCUGCAAACAGCUGCAGAUGCAAAUGCUGCAGAAAGAGAAAGAGACCAUGGAGAAAAUUGCAGCUCAGGCAUUUGCUAAGCGUUACUUGGCUGAUCUUAUUCCCUCAGUCUUCAACAAUCUUCACGAGAGUGGCUUUUUCUAUGAUCCUAUAGAAAGAGACAUUGAGACAGAAUUCCUGCCAUGGCUGAUGACAGAAGUGGAAGAAACACUAGAAAAGAAGACUCUGGGAAGGGUGAUGCUUGACUCAUUGAUUCGUACAGUGACUGAAAAACGCUUAGAUGUGUUUAGCCAGAAACCUCUGCCUGAUCAGAGAGAGGCACUUGCUGAGGAGCGCAGGCCAACAGACAGUGCACCACAGGUGGCUGCUGAGACAGAAGCUGCUGACCAAGCAGUCACAGCAGAUGAAGAGACUGACCUACCUGCUGCUGAGGAACAGGCUUCGCGUCACAUCACUUUCCAGUUAGAGGAAGCCGAUCAAGAAGAAAUGGAGGACUCAGAAACUGACUAGCAAGCAGAAUGUUAAGCAUUCAUUUUGCAUAUGGAGAAAUGCCAGUUCUUGAGAACAACCAACAGCCUGGCAGAAUGGAGGAGCUUGGUUCACCAGCCUUUAUUCUUGGAUGCUAACUCCUGUGUUAAGACUUCACCUUUAUGUCUUUUUAUU